UGUCAAAAGAAAAUCUGAUAACCGUUCCUUUGUCAACGUUGUUUCGUGUAAUGUUUUGUAGUGAGUUGAAUGUUUCAUUAUUCGUGAAAUAGGCCGUAAAAAGCAUGCAAGAGUUCCUAAAAAUCAACGAUCGUCAUUACAUCGUUCACGUCCACCAGGUGUACGAGAAUGAGACACACGAAUCAGCAUCGGAAGUGCUAGUGCAAUGUAAUGUUUUCGACAUGGUUCAGCUUUGGAGUGAAACGAUUUCCAUCCUGAACCUGAUUGAACGAGAAAAGAAAACGAACUCAAUUAUCGAGUAUUCCCCUGCGCUGGUUAACGAAACGAUGCUCACCCGGAAAGCAGACGGUUUCGACCUUCAAGAAAGCACCCCCGAAAACUCCUUUGAGCUGUGUCUUAAGCUGAAGUAUUACGUUUCCGGGAUUCCCGUGACCUUUAACCUACAGCUCAAACUGGCUAGUCGUGAAGAGCUUUCCGAAAACAUUCUGCUACCCACCUGGCGCACGCUACUUCUUCUGUACGAGGAGAACUGUGCUCUCAAAGAUAUGCUGUUGAAAAAAGACAUCGAGAUCGAGCAGUAUAAGGUGGAGGGAGCAGUUCUCAAACGAAAUCUUGUCGCAACCACAAAAUUCGAUGAAGUCCAAUUUAGCAAAACAUUUCCGCUUAUCUGUCCGGAACAGGGCUUAAAAGUUCGAGAACUAAUCAAAAGUAAGGAUCGGCGAGCUGGUCUGAUGAAACUGUUGAAAAUCAAUCCCAAGGAACCGACCGCGAAUCAGCCAAGUCCGGGCAAAUUCUCUGCUAUCAACAUUUUAUCUCCAACCAAAAGAAGUCCUGGAGCUCGUUCGAAGGGUUUAGAUGCACUUUACGCGAAACAAAGGAUACCAAAACCACUCUCUUCGUCUACUCUGUCGCUGAAACGACUUCAGAUGGAUAUGACCGAUGAAGAUGACGAAAAAGGGAUCGCAGCGGAUGAUAGUGCUAGUUUUGAUGUAAGCAUGCUCAAUGAUAGCACAAGAGAGCUGAACGGUAGUAGAGGGAGUGUGAAAGUACGGAAAAUCACGAAACUAUGAAUGUAAUUCGUUAAAAUGUUAUUUUUUAAUUUUGUCGAUGUAUUAAUUUUACUUUAUUCAUUUAUAUUUUUCUUGUAUAAACAAUAUAAAUAUCAAAUUGAUGACAAUCAGUCCUAUUUUCUUAGAGCCUCUACCCAUCACCGCAUUCGGCCUAGCAAUUUGCGACUUGAUCCAAUCAUAGUGAUGCAGCGUACUGUGAAAAGCUACUACAUGUGCACCGCAUUGCUUUGGUUCACUGCCCAUUAUUCCUACCAACGAUCCAUCACACAGCAACGGUGAUCCAAUAUCUCCAAAACAUGCUCCAGAUCCAUUGUUUUCCCCUCCUGCACAGAUCAUGCUUUUCGGACAAUCAACAGUGUUAAUCCUCACAUACACCUCUUGCAUUUCAUUAACCAUAUUCCGGCUACUGCUAUUCGCUCCCCAUCCUACAAGAAGGCACUGCUUCCCCGACUGUUGCACAAAUUCGUUCAGUACAACCGGUUUCAACUCAAUAACCUCCCUGUCAAGUCUCAUAACAGCUAAAUUUGCAGUCGUCCAUAUCUUAUUCGCAGCAACCUCAAUCAUUCCACU